AAUAGUAUUGAGCUAUACUUUGUAAGUCAAUGUUGUUUUCACCCUGGAUUGACCCAAGAUUACCGCUGGUAAAUCGACCAGAAUCUGACACUGACCUCCUAACAACGGAUAGCGUGAUACUAAUUUUUUGGUUAAUGACUUGGAAUUAUAAAUGUGUCUGUAGUUGAGUAAUUGCUGCUACUGCAUCAGCAUGUCUGAAAUUCACCUAGCUGGCUCUUGUUAAGCCCAGGCUUUAAGAAGUCUGUCCCCCUAGCUCCCCACUAUAGCUGGUGUAGCUAGUCCACAACAAACAGCGCACAAGCUCACUUGCUCUCAACCCAAGGACAUGAAAGCGACGACACGUCGCGGCAUGGCCGAUCAGGGCCUACCAUCGAAGAAGAAGAAGAAGAAGGGUUCGAGCGCAGCGGCCGCGCGCGGCUUCAUGUGCGGCUGCGGCGGCGCCAAGUCGGUGUCCGUCGUGUCCCGGCUCUCCGCCGCCGGCAAUAUCUCGCCCGCCACGACCACGCCACCGACGAUGACGUCAAGUGCUACCGCGACGUCGGCGAAGACGACGAGGGUGACCGUGCCCACGCCCGCGCCGAACACCGUGCACGACGCGGAUGGCACGCCGAGCGUGGGCACGCUCCUGCUGCAGCUGCGCGAGCUGGAGCGCGGCGUGCGCGCGCUGGGCGUCCGGGAAGACCGCGGGAUCAGGCCGGCGACGCCGCCGCCGCCGCGGCACAGGAGGAGCGCGAGCGAUGCAUCGUCAGGCGGCAGGCGGCGGCGCGGGCGGCUGGAGGAGGAGAGCGUGCCGGUGGUGACGGAGUCGGACGACCCGCUGGGCGACUUCCGGCGGUCGAUGGCGCAGAUGAUCGUGGAGAACGAGAUCACGGCCACCCCCGAGCUGCGGGAGCUGCUGCAUCGCUUCCUCUCGCUCAACUCGUCGCGCCACCACCACCUCAUCCUCCGCGCCUUCGCCGACGUCUGUGAGGAGCUCUUCGCCGGCGCCGGCGAACACAACCACCACCGCCCUCGCCGCCGGCCAACGAAACCUCUCCCGUACAGCGCCACUACCAACUAGCUAAUGUACGUCUUGUCCACGCAUGCUGCAUGCAGUACAGUUGCACCUUGCACGCUUGCACGCACGCAUGCACGCACUGCGCUGACACGUUAACUACAGUUGCAGUAUAAAUCCACGUCCUCGGGAUUCGCUGCAUGUGUACGUGUCAUUAAAUACGUUUAAGAGUACAUUAUUGUCACUGCAAUUUGAUGGAGAUUAGGCCGUGAAGUGCGGGAGGCUGCUCGUUGAUAGCGAGCCAAAGCACAAAGAAAACGAGCUAGAAAGCUUAGCCUACCAAGUACCAACCGAACCUUUUUCUUUUGGCUAAUUUGGUGGAUGGAGAGAGUGGUUGAUAGAAACUGCGUCGGUGCGCGAGACGGCGCCGGCGGAUCGGUGAAACAUCGAAUUCCCAGUGUAUUUGCCGGCGAUCUCAAGGAACGUGGGCUCAUCUGACGUGCGCCGUUGCGUGCGUCAGUGUCGGCCGCGAUGUCUUUGCAGCUUUGCUGGUUUUACGGAUGUCAUGGCGGCGUCGUGGCCCCUGUCGCGGCGUGUCUCCCGGCGGCCGGCGACAGGUCAAUUGGCGUCCGAUGCAUGUGUCCAAAGGCUCCAAUUGACCAAACUGAUUGGAAGUUGGGGAGAGGCUAGGUUGUUAGCUGCAGAUUCAUUUUAUCAUGCACAAUCACCUGGAGUAGGUGGUACCUGCGAGAAAGUUAAGUACUAUGGUCAUAUUCUUCCUGUCCCAAAAAAAAUUGCUCAUAUUCUGAAACAGCCGUUCGAAGUUUCGAAUCAAUACAACACAUCAAGAUUGUUUGUCUUGUACAGGUUUGAAAUGCUAUUAUUCUGGGAGUUUA